ACCGGUACUUGGUUACGUGAAGUUUUAGUAAGCAGCAUAAACAUUCGUUCUGUUAAUUUACUGAAGUCGUGACUGAAGUUGAUUUUUAUGUGUUUUUGAGUAAGCUGACACAAGCUGAUGGAAGAGUUGGUGAUUCAAUUAAAAAAGUAAAACGUUAGUGAUCCACAGCUUGCACAGCGAGCAAACAUUAACGGUGGCUGGCUUACGUCACCUAAACCGUUAGCUAGCAAGCAAACACAGCAGCUAGCGUUAACUAGGAUGCAACCAAACAUCUAAUAACUCAUUAGCUAUUCCGCUAGUUAACGAGAAAGGUUAUGUUAAUCAUAUUUAUUGCUAUCGUAAUUUACCGAGCAGCUGCAAGUGUUUGUGUUAAUAAAGCUGGCCGUUUUGAACCAAUCCUGCCCCCUAACGUAACGUUAGCCUACUGAGCUUGCUAGCAAGUCCACAAUUGAGGAGGUCUAUUCCGGUAAUCAGCUGUCUGUCUGGAUAGCUCAUCAAAAUGACAACUUCGUUGCGGUGAGUCCGCGCUAAAUGACUGUGACAAUGUGAAAAUAAGUUUCCUGCUUGUUCAAUAUUCCUGUAAAGAUGCCAGCCGUGACAGCUGGAUUAAAGGAGCUGUAUCUAUCUACGUCUCUGGGAGACCUGAACAAGAAAGCCGAAAUUAAGCCUGAUAAAAUUAACACGAGAAGCUAUGUGCAGAGUGCCUGUAAGAUCCUUAAAGCAGCAGAGGAGAGUCGUCUUGAUGGAGAUGAGGAAAAGGCCUAUGUCCUGUACAUGAAGUACCUGACCAUUUAUGACAUCAUCAAAAAAAGGCCCGAUUUCAAGCAACAACAGGACUUCUUUCUCUCUGUGCUGGGGCCAACCAGUUUGAAAAAAGCGAUUGAGCAGGCAGAGAAGCUGUCUGACAGCCUAAAGCUCAGGUACGAGGAGGCGGAGGUGCGUAAGAAGCUGGACGAGAGGGAGCGGCAGGAGGAGAGGAGGAGGAAAGAGAAGUCACAGAGGGAGGCGGGGAGGGGACCUUUAAAAGAGACAACAUGCGCCAAGAAAGGGGACAACAAGGUAAAAGGGGAAGCAAAGGGUUUGAAGAAUGAGACACCUAAAGCUGCCGUCCCUCCUGGGGGGGUCACCCCUGAGGCCCUGUUUCGGAUCAUGAGGGAGCCGAGUGUCAGCCUUGUUGUGAUGGAUGCCAGGAGCAGGAGAGAUUUCGAAGAGUCUCAAAUCCUGGUCCCCUCUCAGAGCUGUAUCAGUGUUCCGGCUGAGAUCAUCAGCCCAGGAAUAACUGUCAAUCAAAUUGAGGCCCAGCUUCCAGAAGAGUCGAAGGAGCAGUGGAAGAGGCGGGGCUUGGCAGAUUACAUCGUCCUACUGGAUUGGUUCAGUUCUGUGAAGGACCUGAGACUGGGCUCCUGUCUGCAGAGUCUGAAGGACGCACUGUAUAAGUGGGACAGUGAGACCACUCUCCGUGCUGAGCCCCUGGUCCUGGAAGGAGGCUAUGAGAGCUGGCUGCUGUAUUACCCCAUGUACACCUCUAAUGCCAAAGCCAAGCCGCCCAGGGAGCAGACCAACCACCCCCUCCCCACAUUGGACUUCAGCUACCCCUCGCUGGAGGAGCCCGGACCCGAGUGCCCAGCCCUGCCAGGAGCAGAGCCAGGAUCCGAGCCUCAGCGCCCUGCCGAGGUGAACGGGUCUGCCGCUGAAGGAGAGAGGUCCCGCUCGGACUCGGCGGGCCCCAGGGAGCAGCCGAAAGCCUCCGCGGUGCCCCAAACGCCCUCGUCAGCCCCCACCGACACGUCCGUCAAAGCAGCGGCCGGGCAGCACGCCGGCACCGCAAAGCCUGUCCCACAGAUCAAUCGCUCCAGAAAGCCUGCGGUCGUGGUGCCUGAGGGUGCUCGGCCCAGCAGUGAAACUGCCUCUUCAGGCAGGGAGGGGAAGUGCACUCUGAAUGGGCCUGCGCCUCCAGACUGCCCUGGCAAACUGCCCCCCCGGCCCAGCGCCCUGGCAGAGGGGCAGACCCCCGUGCCAAUGGAGCGAGUGAAGAGGGACAAGAAGCGUGCGCAGGAGGAAGAGAGGAAGAGGGAGGGAAAGGAAGUGAAAGAAGCUCAGAAGCGCAGAGACGAGGAUGAGGAGAAGAGAAACGAAGAGAAGAUGGAGGGCGAGGAGGAGAAGGAGCAGGAGAAAAGGAGGUUGGCGAGGCAGCAGGCAGUGCAAGAGGAACUGGAGGCGGGAGAGAGGCGCGGUACGAGGGAUCGGGGCGUCCACGCGCAGGUCAACAACGCCUGCCUGGCGUCUGUGCCCAGGAGCAUCGUCAGCGACAUGAAGCGUGAGCCACUGACCAGGGCCCGAAGUGAGGAGAUGGGCCGUACUGUCCCGGGCCUGCCCGAGGGCUGGAUGAAGUUCCUGGACACAGUCACGGGCACAUACCGAUACUACCACUCGCCGACCAAUAGGGUGCACCUGUACCCCCCGGAGGUGAGCGUGUCGCACACGCCCCCGGCCACGCCCCCCACUCUGAAACAGAAGCAGGCGCAGCCAUCGGAGGUGGACAGAGAGCUCUCCAAGCUGAAGCGCUCGUACUCCUCCCCCGACAUCACGCGGGACGUCCGCCACGAGGGCCCCAAGAAGCCCUCCGCCACGCCAGCCGUCAACAGGGGCACCAAACCACAUAGUGUCACAGCGUACACAAAAGCCGAGAUUGCCCGGCCAUCAGCAGCAAAGAUUCGCAACCUGAACCCCGUGUUUGGGGGCCUGGGGUCUUCCCUGACGGGGCUGCGUAACCUUGGUAACACCUGCUACAUGAACUCCGUUCUGCAGUGCCUGUGCAACACGCCCGUCAUGACGGAGUACUUCAACAGGAACCUGUACCUGGAAGACAUCAACAGAGCGAACAUCUUGGGGCACAAGGGUGAUGUGGCGGAGGAGUUUGGUGUGAUCAUGAAGGCCUUGUGGUCAGGGCUGUAUAAGUGCAUCAGCCCUCGGGACUUCAAGGUAACCAUCGGAAAGAUAAACGAGCAGUUCGCCGGGUACGAACAGCAGGACUCCCAGGAGCUGCUGCUCUUCCUCAUGGACGGACUGCACGAAGACCUCAACAAGGCGGACAACCGCAAAAGGUACAAAGAAGAGGCCAACGAUCACCUGGACGACCAGAGUGCGGCGGACUUGGCCUGGGAGAAGCACAAGCUGCUGAAUGAGUCCAUCGUGGUGGCGCUGUUCCAGGGCCAGUUCAAGUCCACCGUGCAGUGCCUGACCUGCCACAGGAAGUCCCGCACAUUUGAGACCUUCAUGUACCUGUCCCUGCCUCUGGCCUCCACCAACAGGUGCUCCCUACAGGACUGUUUGAAAUUGUUCUCUAAAGAGGAGAAGCUCACAGAUAAUAACAGGGUGUUCUGCAGACACUGUAAAGCCCUAAGAGAUUCUGCAAAGAAGCUGGAAAUCUGGAAGGUUCCCCCUAUUCUCCUGGUCCAUUUAAAAAGGUUCUCCUAUGAGGGGAGGUGGAAGCAGAAGCUCCAGACGUCUGUGGACUUUCCUCUGGAUAACCUGGACUUGGGCCAGUAUGUCAUCGGACCCAAACACAGCCUGAAGAGAUACCACCUCUAUGCAGUGUCUAACCACUACGGGGGCCUGGACGGCGGCCAUUACACGGCGUACUGCAGGAACGCCGCCAAGCAGCGCUGGUUCAAGUUCGAUGACCACGAGGUGACGGACAUCCCCGCAGCGUCCGUGAAGUCCUCCGCCGCCUACAUCUUCUUCUAUUCGUCCCUGUGAGGUGACCGGGAGGAGGAAGGGACCACGCUGGGCGGUAACGCUGCUCGACCUGAGCGCUGGCUGGGCGUCAGUGGGACCCCGCUUUAAGGCGCAGGUGCGGCUCAGCCCGUUUCCGUACGUUCGGGGACACAGACCCGGCUCUCUGUGUCUGGAGGCUGCACUUUCAGCUCAUAUAGGACCACAUAGGCGUUUAUAAGGCUUCCUACAUCAGUACUAUUGACUGUAGCGAGAAAAGCAAGUGUUACGGUAUCCUAUUUAAGACCAACCACACUGCGGUUGUGUGCCUGCGGAGGCUGGCACAGUUUCAGCCAGGUUUGAAGUACCUGCCGGCUUUUACUGUGGUACUGGAACCAGGUAAAUCGCUCCGAUUCUGUUCUGUGUCAGUGUCAUGGCCUUUUCACAUUACUGAUAUUAAGCUUUCCUGUACUGUGAGUAUAAUAGAAUGAAGAAGAGUAACAUAUGUACAUACCGAUUGCAAAUCUUGCACAUUAAACCUGUAUAACUGUUAUUUAAUAUUUAAUGCUAUAUAAAUGUUGGUUUAUUUGUGAAGUGAACCAGCCAUGGCUGCAAGUCAGUCACAGGCUUCUGUGAGAUAAAUUAUAAACUAUGCUGCUGCUUUUUCAACUUGUCAUUAAGUUAUUUAUUUAUAUGAAGUCUGUUUGUUGGGGAGUGAAAUCAUGGGACUCUGCUGCUUUUGAGGUUUGGGCAGCCUGUUGGGUGAAAACAAAGCAGUCAAUAAAGUUUUCCUGAUUCCAAA